AUUUCAACUUUGAAAGACUAAAUUUAACUUCCACUUUCAAUCUUAUCAUCGUAAAUCGUUUCAAAAAUGAGUACAGGAACACCUCAUUACGCAGCUGAUAGAAGCAAAUCAAGAAAGAGCAAUAAUAAUCGAUCAAUUCCAUUCAGAACGCCCACAACUCAAAAAGUGGUGAAGACAUCCAUUCGUCUUGGACCCGUGAAUCCUCCGACGCCAACUAGAAACACACAAGGCGGACACGGAUUUUCUGCAGAGUUCUUGGAAUAUAGAAGAAGACGUCAAGAGAGACACACCGUCCGUCUGGCUAAACUACCGAACGAGACUUUAAUUAUUGGAGGAGCCAAUCCAUUCGACGCUAGAAACGUACCAGAAGCCAUCAAAAAGUUUCGAGAUUUAGUUGAUGAGAAGAUUGGUGACAAAGUACACAAGAAGGAUGCGAACAAGUCAAAAAUUGUAUUCCGCGAGGAAGAAGAAGAAACUCAGAAUGGAACUAUCACUAUUGAUUAAUGAGCGUUUUUUUUCAAAUAAAUAAAGCUGAUCUAUUUU